CGAUUUCCUUUGGUGAAGCAGCGUUUUCGUAUUCUCUUGAGAACGAUCUUAGAACUCUUCUCUUUACAACUAACAGUUACAACAAAUUUACACGUCCACUGGCACAAGUUACAAUAUCGGCCCAACUCAACCUACUGACGCUUACAUCACUGCAAUGGACCGACUCUCGUUUAUCGUGGAGCACUAACCCAACAUACAGCACCGAUGUACCAGUCAUUUACUCCACGGAAGAUUACGUGUGGAUUCCAUCACUCUCGGUUACGAAUUCAGUAGACGAUAUUGGUGUAAUCAGUGACGAUACUGUCGUCAUUCGAGUUGCUAGUGAUGGGACUCUGACUUGGACGCCAGGUGGCGUCUACCUAACGUCGUGUACAACAGAUGUAACAUUUUACCCAUUUGACAUACAAACAUGCUCUGUGUUGUUAACCACAUGGGGAUACACCAACAUAGAAAUCGCCCUUACAGGUGUUGGGGUCGACACUUCAUAUUAUGAUUCAAAUGGAGAGUGGGAAUUCGUUUCUUCCUCAACAGAUUCUACAACACGGACGUCCGGAAGCAAUACUUUACCCCAAAUCAGCUUCAAUUUAACCUUCAGGCGGCGCCCUGCAUUUCAGGUUAUGAAUACAAUUCUUCCCAUGGUCCUCUUGGCUUUUUUAAAAGUUUUCGUUUUCCAACUUCCACCAGAUUCAGGAGAAAAGAUGGGGUACGCUCUCACAACUCUUCUGGCUUUUGCUGUUUACCUUACAUUGGUGACUGAUCAUAUUCCUCAAACUUCUAUCAAUACGUCCUGUCUGA